ACCUGCUAAGGAAGAAGAGAGCCCUCCAAGCAAUUUUGAAAAUGCAAAUGAGAAGUUUGAUAUCAACGAGUUUUUUGACAUGGCUGAGAGUGCUUUGCCUGUAACUGCUGUGUACGACAGUCAAGGAACUGGUGGUAGCAGAUUCUCUCAAUGGUUUGCUAAUGGUCGAGUCGUAGCAACAGCUUGAAAACAAGCAGUAGGAAUAACAGUAGACGAUCAUCCUUAACAGACGAACUUGCCGAGAUUGCUGGUUUAACUCUUCAUUCUCCAAGUGUGCGGUCAGACUCGCCAGAUUUCAUGUUUGCUCCCAUUGCUCCAGCUAAUGAAGCAAUGAACAAACAGGAUGAUGUGAUGACCGUUAUCCAAGACUCUGAUGUAGAUGUUCAGCCAUUGUUAGACUCUGUCAUACCUCAUCAGACUGUCAAAGGAGCUGUAACUUUGAAAGAUAUUGAGGGGAAAGAAGAUGCGCCUAUAGAUGGCGCGGAUAAAAAGGUACCAGAUCUUGCGGACCAACAAGGAUCUCAGGUGUUUCAUAAACUUGUGGAAACAAUGAAGGCAUCGGGAAAUCUACCGGAAAAACCAACGCCAACUAUUCCUGAUUUACCUCCACAUCUACUGCCCAGACCCCCAUCAUCCAAAGACAAAAGUAGAUCCGUCCAGAAAAGUCGUACACCUUCACCACGACAGCUACUGCAAGAGGUUAUAAGACGAACUCAGUCCCCUACGGCUUUCGUGAAUCAUACACUGAAUGAAGAAAAUCGUGAAGUUUCUUACGGUAGAAUGCGCGCAGCAUCACCGCUUGCCGAAAUGCUAUCCCCAGGUGCAAAUGCCUCGCCUCUUUCGCCACGGGAUUUGUAUGGAUCAUCCCCCGUAUUUAGCAUAAAUGGCAAUGACGAUGGUCUCUUGGUUAUUACUGGAGCAACAAAGGACACUGAAAAAAAGUCCAAGAACCGAAAUAUUCCGUCAAGAUAUGGAAAAGAAGUCGAGAACAGUUCAGUUAACCUACUGGCGAGCACAUCAGACAACAAACCAAGUAAUUCAGCGGUUAUUUCUCAAGCAUUCGUUCCCACGUCAGUUUUACGUAAACUGCACUGUGAUAAACACGACCUGAAGUUAUCUGAAAGCCGCAUAACAAACAAGCCGAGUACAGACCAAAGAAACAUAUCAAGUGACGAUUUGUCUGCCGUUGAAGAACGUGAAGGGCUCUACAACUCAGUAAACAAGAGUGCUUUCACCUCUCCAAAAACAAAUACAGAUAUACAACCUGAGCUGUUCACUCCACAUCGACUUCCAUUGCCGACUUCGCCCAGUGUAACUCCACUUAGUCUGCCUUUACCACAAACACCAUUGGUAGGCCGAACAUCUGAAACGUUUACAAAAAAUCCUUCAAAACCUUUUAAUACCCCUCAUAGUCUACCCCUUCCUCGGUCACCUUUAGUAUCGAACGCAAAUACUACCCCACCGAGUGACUUUGGGAUACGACCGCUGCUGAAGUCUCCUUCGUCUGAAGACAGUGUGCGUGUUCGAGGCCGCAGCCAGAGAAAGCCAUCUGACCAACGUCAAAAUCACAACUUAAAGAGAUUCCAACACAAUCAAUUGCCCUACGGUGCUAUGAAUAUUAUGCCUCGCCCCGGGGCCCUGCCCGCCCCCUUCAAUCUAAACGCUGUGCGAGCAAUGAAUGUUCACCCCACCGCUUUGGCAUUGGCAUUACGCAAUCAACAAUAUCAGAUGGCUCGAGCCGCUGCUGUAGCUGCGGCAAACGCUGUGGUUAACCGUCCUGUAAUAUCGCCGGCUCAAGCUGCUGCUGCCUUGAUGUUUAAUCAGCAGAGAAUCGCAGGCGCAUUUCGUGGUGUAAUGCCUCAACUCAAUCCUCGUAUGAUCCAUAAUAAUGUCCCUCGGCGUCCUAACUUACCCCCUGCAUUGCAACGUCAACACCAUGUUGUUCACCAUUCUGGAGAUCACAUGAAAGACAAGAGUAGUCUAUCGAAAUGGUUUAGUGACGCUGUUCUUAGUCAGACUCCCUCCCAAGCCCCCAGUCGUGGAGCAAAAGUUUUGUCCGUUGAGGAAUUGGAACGGCAUUCAUGAGUUGGAAAUUCCAAAAUGCACCGAUGCUUUAAGUGUUAUAAUUAUUCUUUGUACUUCUGUUGUUGUUUGUUUGUAUUCGUUUUACUCAGCUUUAUACUGUGUUAAAUUUUCAUUAAUCUUUCAUUAAUCGUAAGCAUGUGAUCAUUUUGCUUUUCUCGCCUUAUUUAUCUUUACAUUGUUCAUUACUGUACCGUUCUGUUGUCUUGUGGCGUUUGUUGUAAAUUUCAGCAUGUACUUUGUCUUGGAGCUUGUGACAGCAUCCAAAUGUUAAUUGCUCUAUCAUUUGUCAUAAGUUUUGUACAUUGUUUUGUCUUUGUUUUUUGUCUACAAAAAAUGGUUAUUUCUGACCAUCGGUAUUGUCGAAACUAUUGCAGAAAAUUGUCGUAUGAAGAAAAUGUGCAUAAAAAUUUGUUGUAUUUCUGUUGUAACAAUGUUAUCUCCAUCGAUUAUAUGUUGUCAUGGUUCGUCUCUUUAUGUUGUAUAUUAAUCAAAGUUGAAAUAUGUCAUAACCGUGCGAAAUUGUAAGAAUAAGUAUUCCUGUAUGUGUUUAUCCUGCAUGGUGCAUUGUUGUGAGAGGAUGCAAUGUUGUCGUUUUUUUCUUGAGAUUAAAGUUGACAAAAAAUACAA